AGCUGCACUCACAAGUCACAACACACACAAUUACUAACAAUUUUCGCAAACCCUCGAUUAAUUUUUCCAUCUCUCUCCACAUUCUACAUUAAUCAAUCCCAAUUUUUCCUUACACAAUUUCGUAUUUUCAUUUCUAAAUUUGCAAAGCAGAUAACAAGAGUCAGAGAAAAGAAAGUUGAAUUUUUCCUAAAAUUCAAGGUUAUCUUUUAAUUCAAUUAUGGCGUCAAUUGUUCAACCACCAUCAUCAUCACUGAAGAAACGUGAUACUCCAGCUUCAAGAGAAGGGGAUCAACUUAUCAUUACUCCGUUAGGUGCUGGUAAUGAAGUUGGUCGGUCUUGUGUUUAUAUGUCUUACAAGGGGAAGACUGUAUUGUUUGAUUGUGGUAUUCACCCUGCAUAUUCUGGUAUGGCAGCUUUGCCUUACUUUGAUGAAAUUGAUCCUUCAACAAUUGAUGUUCUUCUGGUUACACACUUUCACUUGGAUCAUGCUGCAUCUCUUCCAUAUUUCUUAGAAAAGACAACAUUCAAAGGCAAAGUCUACAUGACUCAUGCGACUAAAGCUAUCUACAGAUUACUUUUGUCCGAUUAUGUCAAAGUCAGCAAAGUGUCAGUUGAAGAUAUGUUGUUUGAUGAGCAAGAUAUUCUUCGCUCUAUGGACAGAAUUGAGGUCAUUGAUUUUCAUCAAACUUUGGAAGUAAAUGGAAUUCGUUUCUGGUGUUAUACUGCUGGCCAUGUCCUUGGUGCAGCCAUGUUUAUGGUGGACAUUGCUGGAGUGAGAGUCCUUUAUACUGGAGACUAUUCCCGUGAAGAAGACAGACAUUUGCGUUCUGCUGAAACUCCUCAGUUCUCUCCUGAUAUAUGUAUAAUCGAAUCCACUUAUGGUGUUCAGCUUCAUCAACCUAGGCAUGUAAGAGAGAAACGCUUCACUGAUGUUAUUCACUCAACCGUUGCCCAAGGGGGUCGAGUCCUUAUUCCAGCAUUUGCCCUUGGUCGUGCCCAGGAACUAUUAUUAAUCCUUGACGAGUACUGGUCAAAUCACCCUGAGCUUCACAACAUCCCCAUCUAUUACGCUUCUCCUCUUGCCAAAAGAUGCAUGGCUGUCUACCAGACCUACAUAAAUGCUAUGAAUGAUAGGAUUCGCAACCAAUUUGCAAAUUCAAAUCCCUUUGACUUUAAGCACAUAUCUCCACUGAAGAGCAUUGAGAAUUUUGAUGAUGUUGGUCCCUCGGUGGUGAUGGCAAGCCCUGGUGGGCUUCAGAGUGGGUUGUCUAGACAGCUUUUUGAUAAGUGGUGUUCAGACAAGAAAAAUUCAUGUGUCAUUCCUGGGUAUGUUGUUGAAGGGACGCUAGCCAAAACCAUCAUAAACGAACCAAAAGAAGUGACCCUCAUGAACGGUCUCACAGCUCCUCUCAACAUGCAGGUCCAUUACAUAUCCUUCUCUGCUCACGCUGAUUAUUCUGAAACAAGUGCUUUCCUCAAGGAGCUUAUGCCUCCUAACAUUAUACUUGUUCAUGGAGAGGCUAAUGAAAUGGGAAGGCUUAAGCAGAAAUUGAUCAGCUUAUUUUCUGACCGCAACACCAAAAUUAUGUCUCCUAAAAACUGCCAGUCUGUUGAAAUGUCAUUUAGUUCUGAGAAAAUGGCAAAAACCAUAGGGAGGCUUGCUGAGAAAACCCCAGAAGUUGGUGAAUCUGUGAGUGGCUUACUGGUGAAGAAAGGUUUUACUUACCAGAUUAUGGCCCCAGAAGAUCUUCACGUAUUCUCUCAGCUAUGUACAGCUAAUGUUAACCAACGGAUUACGAUUCCUUACUCUGGUGCAUUUGGUGUUUUGAAGCAUCGAUUGAGGCAGAUAUAUGAGAGUGUUGAAUCUGGGGUUGAUGAAGAUUCUGAUGUUCCAACUUUACAGGUGCAUGGUUCUGUUACUAUGAAGCAGGAGUCAGAAAAACAUAUAUCCCUACAUUGGACAGCUGAUCCAAUAAGUGACAUGGUCUCAGAUUCAAUAGUGGCCAUGGUUCUAAAUAUGAGUAAAGAGAUGCCGAAGGUGGUGGUUGAAUCAGAUUCUGAAAGAACGGAAGAAGAAAAUCAGAAGAAGAUGGAGAAGGUUGCACAUGCGCUUCUGGUGUCCCUGUUUGGAGAUGUGAAGUUAGGUGAAGACGGAAGGUUGGUUAUUACUGUUGACAACAAUGUGGCUUAUCUUGACAAACAGACUGGUGAUGUUGAGAGUGACAAUGAAGGGCUCAAGGAAAGAGUAAGAGUAGCAUUUCGACGUAUCGAUAGUGCUGUAAAGCCAAUUCCUCUUCCUGCUGCAUAAUUGACAUCUAACUUUGUUGACUGUAGCAAGUACAGACGGUAAAAUUUUAUGGUCAGUCUGUAGCUUGUGUUUAAGCUUGGCUCUGAUCUGGACAGUUAAAGUUCCAUUGUUGUACAUUAAUCUAUGCCGAUGUAGUUUGUUGAACAUUUUUGGAGCUUGAUGAAGUUUUACAAUAUAUUUUAAUGAUCCAA